UGGGUGGAACAGCCUUGGGCGCAACCUCCGCGGGCGGGGCUGCGCUGCAGGGGGCGGGGUGCACAGUAGUUCCGUGUUGGGGAGCCAGGCGGGACUGUUACGCGGACUUGGAGCUGUGGUUUGGCGGGAUUCUGGCCUUACCCUGCCCUUGUUUGUUUUGUGAGUGCGGAGCUGCUCUAAGGUCUAGGGGUUUGUGUCGUCCUGCGCUCGUCACCGAGAAGGGUGCUCCUAGGGUCCAGGUUCCCUAGCGACGGCGCUCCUCCCUCCUAGGGGCUGAGUAGCGGACAGGAGGCGUGCUGCUCCGGGUAUCUGCGUCCCGCCCAAGAGCCAGAAGUUAAGUGAAAAUGAUACAAGUUAGAAGACAUGAAACAAGAAAAAAUUCUAAGACUCAAGAACAUGAGCAGAAAUCUCGAGUUGAUUGGAGGCGGACUAAAAGAAGUAUCUCACAGUUAUUUAAUAGUGAUGAAGACCUUGAUACUGAUGAAGAUCUUGAUAGUGAUGAAAAUCUUGAUAGUGAUGAAGAGCUUGACAGUGAUGAAAGUAUUAACAGUGAUGAAGCACUUGCUAGUAAUAAGGCACUUGAUAGUAAUGAAAAGCCAGAAAAUGAAAGAGAACUUAAAUUAAUUAAAGCUGAAAGUGAAGGAAACAGCUGUGAGCAUCUCAUUAACACUGGCAACAGUUCAACAUAUGAAGAAGAAAAGAACAAAACCAAACAUAGUAGUAUUGACUUACCAGAUCAUGAAAAGCACUCAAGUCAAGAGGAUGAUGAUCUUAACAAACACACUGAACAAAUAACAGAGGAGGAUGUAGAAGAGGAACACAUUAAGCGAGGGAAGAGAAAACGAAUCUCCUCUGUGAUGUCUGACAGUGAUGAGAGUGACGACAGUGAUAUCCUAGUUAAAAAAGUAGGUGUUAAACGUCCACGUAGAGUGGUUGAAGAUGAAUGUUCUUCGGCAGAGAUAGAAAAUCAACCUGAAAAAACAUCAGCUGCAAGAAAACGAGAACAACUCCAGAAACUGAAAGAACUCUCAAAACAAAGAUCUCGUCAGAGACGCAAUAGUAGUAGAGAUUUUGAGGACUCUGAAAAGGAAUCCUGCCCAAGCAGUGAUGAAAAUGAUGAUGAGGAAGAGGAUGAUUAUGAAUCUGAUGAAGAUGGAGAUAAUUAUGUUAUGGAUGGCUUUGUAGUACAAGAUGAAGAGGGUGAUGGAAAGAGUGAAAGUCAGCAAGGAGAAAAUUUGACUACAUCACAACUGAAAUUAGUAAAGCAAAAUUCUCUUUGUAAGUUAAAUAUCAAGAAAAUAUUUUAUGACUGUUCUAAUCAUGAUACUAUGUCAAGCAUGAAAUCAACCUGUUACUCUCAUGUUCUAAAUCAUUUAGGAUCUGUGAUUUUAUUUUCAGAUUCUUUUAGUGACCACUAUACUCAUUUUGAAAGAGUUGUCAAGGCUCUUCUGAUCAAUGCUUUAGAUGAAUCAUUUCUGGGAACAUUAUAUGAUGGUACCAGGCAAAAAUCAUAUGCACAAGACAUGUUGACAUCUCUUCAUUAUUUGGAUAACCGCUUUGUUCAGCCUCGUCUAGAGAGUUUAUCCUCUAGAAGUCGUUGGAAAGAGCAGUAUAAGGAGCGUGUAGAAAAUUAUUCUAAUGUAAGUAUCCAUAUGAAGAAUCCUGAAAAUUGUUCCUGCCAGGCUUGUGGAUUGCAUCGCUACUGUAAAUAUACAGUGCAUUUAUCGGGACAAUUGUAUAAUACCAGGACUAUGGAAACAGAUGAUUUCAUGUCACAUGAUAAACAGGUGUUUUUUGUUGGCAGAAUUUGUGCUGAACGUACCAAAAUUUAUCAUAAACUGAAGCAUUUUAAAUUCAAGUUGUACCAAGAAUGUUGCUCCAUGGCAAAGACAGGAGAAGUUGAAGAUGAACAAGUUAAAGAAACAGUGGAAAGAAUUUUCAGUCAGUCAAAAGAGAGUGGCUGGAUUGAGGAGAACAGUUCUUGUGACCUGAGAGUGAAGAAGCACCUGGUGCCAAUCUGAGGAAAGGAUCUCGGCUGCCAGUCCUAAUACCACCCACAUCCUCUUCUUGAGGACAUGGGACUUAGCAGUGAGCCCUGUAACUGAAGAUCAAGGGGAAAGCAGAGGUUUCAGGCCACGGCACUGAUUAUGACUCCCCCAAAUCCUGUUAAUCACUAAAUUUGAUAUCAGGAAUCAAGCGGGGGUUUUGAAGAGUGCACUGGAUUCCUAAAGAUCUGCUGGCAGCUCAUGAGCUCUGGUCUGCUCACAUAGCUUUUAGAAUUGUUUAUAUACAUUGAAAGAAUACUAAUAUGAAAUCUUUCAAAUAUAUCUAGUUACAUGAAUGUGUAAGACAGAACAUAUAAUAGAUUUUCAGGCAACCCAGAUAAACUGUGUAUUUAAUCCUAAAAAAGAAGCCUGAUUUGAGAUCCAUUGCCUGGGUUAUUUACAUCAUAGGGGAAUUUGUGGAAGAGGAAAAUAAAAAAGAAGAGAGCUUAGAGAGUAAGCUUAUGAGCAAAGAGAAGAAAAAAGAGAACAAGAAAACAGGAACUUCUUAGAACACAUGUUCGGCAGAGGUCUCUGGGUCUAGAGAGUGACAUCAGGAUUGGUUUCCCUUUCGACAAUUAUCCUCCCACAGCAAACCACCACCCAGUGAACUCUUUGCCUGCUCCCCACAUCUUGGCACUUAAGUCUUGUUUCUCUCAUUUUACUCUCUUCAGCUUUUUAUCUUUUGCUUUGCUUCUGCUUCUCUCACUCUCUGUGCUUUCCUCCCUGUCCUGGGUGCUUUUCAGUUUGCCUUAGGGAGGAGCCAUCACUUAUCCAGUAAGUUCUGUCUUCGUUUUCCUAGAUAACAUUAAGUUCUUAAGUGCUUUUAUUGAUGCAUUUAAGUGUUGCCAACCCUCUGGAGGAGUUGAAAGACCAAUUGGGACAGCAUAUUUUUAAAGAAUUGUGUACGAGGUGUAGGAAAAUCACUGUGCAUACACACACACACAUACACAUAUACAUAUGUAUACAUGUAUAAUGUAAUAAUAUAUCUGGGAAGAACAAUAAAAUUUUGCAGAAAAAACUAAAACCAUUUUUAAAUUAAGUACCUCAGAGAAAGCUCAACAGGGUUCAUGACAACAGAAAAGAUGUGGAAAAAGAAAAAAAAUAUUCUUGGGAAAAGAAAGCCAAGUGUCAUAUUGUGCUUAAAGAAUAACACUUAGCAUUGGCCAUUGAAGGUGCUUCAAGAUCGUACAUGUUUAGGACAAUGUGCACAUUUUUUCACAUAAAGUAUCAAAGAGCUUUUGUUUUCUUUUUGUGAUCUCCCUACUUUAAAAAAUUUGUCCAUGGACCUUCUCAAAAGAUUUUUCUGGAAACUAAAGAAGUUUAUAGCCAGUGUAAACCCAUAUGCAGCUUCUUGUGCUGUGAUUAAAUUUCAGAACUGGUUGGGUGCUCUGACAUUUUUCAGCCUCAUUCUGCCUGCCCCUCAGUGUGUGUGUGUCUGAGUGAUGGCACUACAUGUGUGCUGGUGAUGACGCUUGCCUUCUUUUUUGGCUGCAGUUUCAUGGCCACAGUUGCUCUCACCCUUUAGAAUGCCAGGGCUCAGUACUAUUGAAUGGAUGUAUAUUUGUGGCUCUUCUUGUUCUUGCCUCCCAGUUACUAUGUCAGCCCAUCCUUCAACCUUACACAAACUGUUUCUUCCUGUGUUUCUUCCUCCAGCUAGUUUCACACCUUGGUUUUUCCUUUAUCUGCUCUUUCUUCCUCCAAGCAUUUUUCUUCCAUCAUCUCAGGAUAUCUCAGCAUUUCUUCCUCAAAACCUGCCACCUAGACUGACUUUAUUUUUCUUGUUCCUGUUCCUAACAGUUCAACUAGGAAGAUCUGUUUUUAACCUAAUUAUAUUAAAAGUUAGGAGCAACUUAAGUGCCAAAAAAGAGCAAAUGAUAAAAUUAUAAUAAAGCCAAUAAAUAUAUAAUAUAUGUCUCAUUCUAAAUUAGAGCUGAAAAACAUACUAUUAUAUGCCACUGGCAAAAUUCUAACUUUUUUUUGUCAUGAAGAAGGUGUACAUGAUGAUGUGGUUUGCAGGGCAGUUGAAUGCAGGAUAGUCGGGCUGGGGUGGUGAACACAUGAACACCAGGAAGUAGACAGUAUAUGUCUGCACAAGUAUCAAGUUUCAGUUUUAUAAAUGGGUUUAAAGCAAAUUUAAAUGUAUUGCAUAACUAUUGUUAUAUAAAUAAGAAUUUUAAGUUAUGAUUGGAUAUCCUGCCACAUCCCAAAACUCUUCUCACUUGUUCUCUUUCUUUACCCCUUUUUAACUUGAAAAAUUUUUUUCUUCUACUCCUUAAACUAAUGUUUCUCAAAACAUAGCCCUAAACUAUCUAUGUCAGAACCACCUAGAACCACCUAGAAGUUGAAAAAUAUGUAGUCCUUGGCUUCACAACAGACCUAUUCAAUAAAAAUCCAUAGGUGAUUCUUAGCAAAUUAAAGAUUGAAGACCCCUGCUUAAGAGUAAAUGUUGCAGUAGGUCUUCUUCUCAGCCUCAAAACUCUUUCCCUUGGCAAACCUAUUCCCUUUUCCAGGUCUAACCGCUACUUCUGAGUAGAAGACUCCAAGCUUUCGUUUAUGUUCUGACCUUUUUCUCAUACUCUAUUCCCAUAAUUCCAACAGUUUUAGUAGGUCCAUCUGGCACUCUAAGGGCUUGACAUAAUAAGACCCACACUCUCAAAUUUUUAAUAAAUAAAAAUAAUAGAAGCAGAAUCUUUAGGGAGACAGAAUGAAUUGCAAGGCAAUACUGCCUUCUCUCUGAGUUUACUUUCCCUUGAAAAGGUUUUUCUUUUUUCAUACUAAAGCUGCACCCCUGCCCCCACCCUUUAAAUCUCAGAAAUGGCAUAUGACAGUGGUUAAAAGCAUGGAUUUAAAUAUUUUCUAACAAUAGAAUUUGGGGGCAAGUUUCUUCUCUUCUGUAAGCCUAAGUUUCUCUUCAGUAAAAUAGGAACUAAAUAAUAAUAAUUAGAGUUAUUAAUAAUUAGGGUUUGAUUGUGGAGAUUAAUACCUUUUAAGCAUUUAAUAUAGAGCCUAGCAAUUAGUAAGUGGCUAUUAGUGAGUGGCUAUUUUUAGUAAUAAAAGCAAAGGUUUCCUUCCCUUAGCAUAGCUCAGAUAGACUGCAAUUUUCCAAAAUAAAUUUAAUAAGAGAAAGAAAUAAUAUAAAGAAAAACAAUAUGAAAAGCAUUAAAACAGUCAACAUGUCUAAAGUAUAAACUUCUAAUCCUAGAGUAUUUAUAUGUAAUAGAACCUGUAUGGGUACUAGGUCAAGAGAAUCCCUAAGUAGUCCAGAAGUUGUUUCUUCUGUUCUUCAUUCUUUCUAGGGAAGCUGAUCAAGUAAGGGAUGUUUGGGAGUGGGGGUAAGGUUUCAUGGCCCUGUUUGGAAGUCAAAUGCACUAUCAUAAACCCUUCCAUAGACCACAAAAGUCAGGGUCAUCACCUCAUUAGGAGUAGAACCAGAGUUCAUAAGUACAGUUAAGAAACCAUUAGUCAGUUAAUCUCAGCUGAGGUAAGCACUUUGAACUCUAUCAACCUUGAAAUCUCCAAAUCAUCCUGAUUCCUCUCUUUCUUGUUCUAACCUUAUUUUUAACUCUCUAUCUUCAUUGCUAUCACUCAAAUUUGGGCUCUUGUUAUGCAAAUUAUUACAGUAGACUGCUAACUAGUUGCCAAACUUCUAGAAUGGAUGUUUUACCAUUUAAAA